ACCCUAAAAUUCGAUGAUGAUCAGAUCAACUGCUAGUGCUAAUAAUUAAUAACAGUCAAAUAUUCUCUCUCUCCUCUUUCCUUUGAAGUCCACUUUCUCUCUCUACAAUUUGUCUGCGUUUGUUUUAGUGGAGAAGAAGACGCUCUGCUCUCAUCUCCAUUUUUCUGUUAGCCUCUCACCUCACGCCAAAACCCCCCUCAUGUAAAUCAUCAUGUGUCGUUUCUUUUAUUUUCUUGUUUUUUUCCUCUCAUUUACCCAACUGUUAACCGCUCCAUCCGCCGCCGGUUUCUUCCGCCGUUCCCUCCUCCAAAACGGCACCGUUUCUACCCGAUGCCCGCUGGACUUCAGCGUUCUGCGGCGGCUGGCUCCGGCGUCGAAGCGCGUCAGAGUGGAUACCCGAUUCGAGUGCCAGUACAUCCUCCAAGGCCUCCGCCUCGUUAUGUCAGAGCACCUCCGGCUAACCGGUUCAUUCCUCCCGCCGCCGGAGUCGGCCGAGGCGUGCUGGGACGCUUACGAGUCCUUUGUCACCGAGUUCGUCCCCGAUUUCGACAUCCGCCGCCGCUGCGGGUUCCAGACCGAGUGGAUCACGCGCGGCUGCAUGAACGUCACCACGCGCUCGGAGUUCGAAACCCUCGUCCCGCCGCCCGCCGUCGACAACCUAAUCGCCGCCUGCAACCAGUCCCUCGACAACAACUCCCCCUGCGCCACGUGCACCACCACGCUGUCCAGCAUCCAGGCUUCGUACCUCCCGGGCCGCGAAAUCUGGAACGUAUCCGACUGCACCGCCUACCCGUUCAUCUACGCCGCCGCGUACGGCAACCAUUUCGGCCCCACCGACAAAGGUACGGCCAAGUGCUUGUUCAAUCUCAAUUUCGCAUCGUCCAAUUCUAGCGGCAAGAUCAAAAAAAUUGCCAUCUAUGUUUCUCUGGCGGGCUGUGUCCUGCUUCUGGUUCUAGGGUUUUCUCUGUUCUGUUUUUUCCGGCGGAAAAGGGCCAAAAUCUUAAAGCAAAAACUCAUCGAUAUGAAGAACAACACCAACACCAACACCGCAUCCGGAUUGGACUCAAUCAGCGCAAGCACAAACCUAAUCAGAUUCACAUUCGACGAAAUCAAAGCCGCAACCAAGAAUUUCUCGAGAGAAAACAUAAUCGGAAAAGGAGGGUACGGGAAUGUGUACAAAGGCACACUCCCCGACGGCACCGAAGUAGCAUUAAAGAGAUUCAAGAACUGCUCUGCUUCGGGCGACGCCGUGUUCACGCACGAAGUCGAAGUCAUAGCCAGUGUCCGCCACGUAAACUUAGUCGCAUUACGAGGGUACUGCACGGCCACAACUCCUCUCGAAGGGCACCAGAGAAUAAUCGUAUGCGAUCUGAUGAAAAAUGGGAGCGUACACGAUCACAUAUUCGGGGCGACGGACCGGAAGCUGAGCUGGCCCAUACGCCAGAAGAUAGCAAUGGGAACUGCCAUGGGUUUAUCGUAUCUGCAUCACGGCGCACAGCCUGGAAUCAUCCACCGAGACAUCAAAGCGAGUAAUAUACUACUAGACGAGAAGUUUGAGCCUAAAGUAGCCGAUUUCGGAUUGGCAAAGUUCAAUCCCGAAGGAAUGACGCACUUGAGCACUAGAGUUGCAGGUACAAUGGGGUACGUGGCGCCCGAGUACGCGUUAUACGGACAGUUGACCGAAAGGAGCGACGUGUAUAGCUUUGGGGUGGUGCUUCUUGAAAUCUUGAGUGGGAGAAAAGCGCUCGUUUCUUCGAACGACGGGCAGCCGCCGAUUUUAGUGACUGAUUGGGCUUGGUCUUUGGUUAGGGAAGGGAAAGCUAUGGAUGUGGUUGAAGAGGGUAUGACUGAGUUGGGGCCGAGUGACGUUGUGGAGAGGUAUGUUUUGGUGGCGGUUCUGUGUUCGCACCCUCAGUUGUAUGCACGGCCUACGAUGGACGACGUUGUUAAAAUGCUGGAUAUGAAUGUAGCUUUUCCCAGGAUACCGGAUAGGCCGAUAUCUCUUAUAGCGAAUAUCGAGGAUAUCGAGAGGUCGGUGAGUAGUAGUGGCGGUUCUGGACAGCUGUCGACUCGGGCCGGUUAUCAGUCUUAUUCUGAGUCACUCAAGGAAGAUGACGAUGAUGACGAAGAAGAGAAGGAUGGUGGUCGGUAGCGUCUAGAAGGUCGGUGGCUCUUUCGCCUUUUUUUUCGAGAGAUAAUUUUUUGGCAGCUGAUUAAUAUUUUUGUGUUGAUUCAUUCAAAAAAAAAACUGAAUUUUAUAGAGUUGAAACUAGUUAAUGUAUAUAUAUAGAGAGUUGAAAAAACAGAAUGGAGUUAUAUUCUUGAAUGAUGGAGAUACUAGUGUAAAGAUUGAAGCAUGAUCAUGCUUAGCAAAGGUAACUUGUGCUCCGAUUAGAGCGCCUUUGAGCUUUACGAGUUGUUGGAAGCGUUCGUUCGAUUGAUUUCGAUGUUAUUUUCUGUAUUUGAUUAAUUUUUUUUAUUUAUUUUUUAUUUU